CCACUGUUAAACCACCCCACCAAAGCUUUAAAAGGAGCUACAGCCACCCCAAAAUUAAACCCAAGCAGCCAUGAAUUCUCAACACCCAGAUGGCUCUGUCUUCUCCAACAUCGUUCGUGCUCCUGAGGAUCCCAUUCUUGGGGUCACUGUUGCUUAUAACAAGGAUACCAGCCCAAUCAAGUUGAAUUUGGGUGUGGGUGCUUAUCGAACAGAGGAAGGAAAACCUCUUGUUUUGAAUGUAGUGAGACGAGCAGAACAGCUGUUGGUUAAUGACCCGUCCCGGGUCAAAGAGUAUCUUCCCAUUGUUGGACUGGCAGAGUUCAAUAAAUUGAGCGCUAAACUCAUUUUUGGUGCUGACAGCCCGGCUAUCCAAGAAAAUAGAGUAGCUACUGUCCAGGGUUUGUCUGGUACUGGUUCACUGAGAAUUGGAGCUGAGUUUCUGGCAAGGCAUUACUACCAGCAUACAAUUUACAUUCCAGUGCCAACAUGGGGAAACCAUCCAAAAAUUUUCACCAUAGCGGGGUUGUCUGUGAAGACUUACUGCUACUAUGACCCAGAAACACGUGGGCUAGACUUCAAAGGCCUGUUGGAGGACCUUGGUGCAGCGCCAACAGGAGCAAUUGUGCUUCUUCAUGCAUGUGCUCAUAACCCCACUGGCGUUGAUCCAACUCUUGAGCAGUGGGAGCAGAUCAGACAGUUGAUGAGAUCAAAAGGGUUGUUACCUUUUUUUGACAGUGCUUAUCAGGGAUUUGCAAGUGGUAGCUUGGAUGCAGAUGCCCAGUCUGUUCGAAUGUUUGUUGCAGAUGGUGGUGAAUGCCUUGCAGCUCAGAGUUAUGCAAAAAACAUGGGACUCUAUGGGGAACGUGUUGGUGCCCUUAGCAUUGUCUGCAAGGCAGCAGACGUGGCAAGCAGGGUUGAGAGCCAGCUGAAACUUGUGAUCAGGCCCAUGUAUUCCAAUCCCCCUAUUCAUGGUGCAUCUAUUGUGGCUACAAUCCUCAAGGACAGUGAUAUGUAUAAUGAAUGGACUGUGGAGCUAAAAGCAAUGGCGGACCGGAUUAUCAGCAUGCGUCAACUACUGUUUGAUACUUUACGUGAUAGAGGCACCCCCGGCGACUGGAGUCACAUUAUAAAGCAAAUUGGAAUGUUCACUUUCACAGGGCUGAAUACUGAGCAAGUCGCCUUCAUGACCAAGGAGUAUCACAUCUACAUGACAUCUGAUGGGAGGAUUAGUAUGGCCGGCCUUAGUUCGAGGACGGUCCCUCACCUUGCUGAUGCUAUACAUGCUGCUGUUACCCGAAUUCCCUAGGUUAUCAGCUUUUAACUUUAUGUGUUGAGGCUUUCAGGUUUUCCUGCUUCCUAUAGUUAAAAAAUACAAUGUUGCAUGGAAAGCAUGAAAUAAGGUUUUUGGAUUGAGACAGAUUUCUAAUGAUUUGAAUCCUUAAGUUCCCCAUGAAUCUGUAAUGCAUUUUCUAGACCAAGCUUUAAUGUUUUGUCUAGUGGAACUUAUUUCACUGACUGAUUAUGAAGCAUGUGUCCAUGAGAGGAAGGUUGAAAAAAGAGUUAACAAAUUUCCUUCUUGUAAGAACUCCUUUUAGUUUUUAUUAGGAAAAAUGUUAUGGAAUAAAAGGUUAUGUUCUCAUGCUAA